AUGCAGUCGGGACGGGAGGACACUUUGGAGGCGCAAUACGCUAUAAAAUUUUGCGUUAAACUUGGAAAGAACGCAACGCAGACUUACGAACUGCUUCAGACUGCUUAUGGAUUAACUUGCAUGGGCAGAGCAUCCGUGUUUCGUUGGCACAAAAAGUUUCAAGGCGGAAGAGAGUCUGUGAGAGACGAUGAGAGGUGUGGGAGGGGGAGGGAAGUCAGAACACCGGAGUUGGUGAAGAAAAUUCGUACUUUUGUGGAUGAGGACCGUCGAGUGUCAAUAGAGACAAUAAGUGAACAGUUUGAAAUUAGCACGAAGUUUGUCCCAAGGGUGCUCAGUGACGAACAGAAGGAAAGACGUGACAGCAGGGAGAUGGUCGAGCUUAUCAAUUCAGACCCAAGAGUACUCAUGGCUCUGGUGACCUGUGAUGAAAGCUGGAUCUACUGCUAUGGCCCGGAAACCAAGAGACAGUUUCCAGUGCAAGCAUCCGGGCUCCCCCAGACCCAAGAAGGCCAGACAGAAUAA